UUCUCCAUUUAGUUUGCGAGCCAAAGAGAGAUUAAACGCACAACGACCAAACUGAUGCAGGUUCAUCAGAAAGAAAGGGAAUCUCUGAGGGACUACAUGCAACAAUUUAACAAGGCUACUUUAGACAUUGAUAACGUCCCCGAUACCAUCUGCUUGUCUGCCUUGCUGCAUGGUUUGAAGCGUGGUCGGUUCCUAGACGACCUACUAGAAAACCCACCGAAGACGUGGAACGAAGUAAAUGACAGGUCGGCUAGCUUCAUAUUGUCAGAAGAUUUCCAAUCGUCCAAGCGACGAGCUGAUGAUAAACAAAGCAAAAGCCACGAACAACCACCGAGAAGAGAGGAAAAGAAAAAGCAGAAAGUCAACGAGCAGUGGGGGAAGCCAGCUGACUUCCCAAAGUAUGCCAACUACAUUCCUUUAACCUCUCCAAGAUCUCAAAUCCUAGCACAAAUCCAGCACUGGAUUAGAAAACCACCCCCCCCAUUGCAUGAUUCCCCAAGAGGGUAUGACCGACCUCAGGGGCAGAGGUAUCAGCUCAGCAGUACACAGGAUGUGUAUCAAGACAACCAAUAUCCUUCUAAGCAAGGCAAAGCGUACAGGGGCCGUCAGUUCAAUAGGCGAGGCCAAGGACAGAGAACUGCCACACAGAACCAAAAAGACAGGAAAGGGGUAGGCUAUGCCGGGAUACCCCUGACCUUUGGCACAAUAAACAUGAUCUCGGGUGGUAUAUACUCAGGAGGCCAAAGCGCUCGGGGCCACAAAGCAUAUGCCUUCCAGAAGAUGCAGCUGAAUCCGAGCGCACUGCAAAAGUAUAAAGGGCCCAUAUACAAGUUCAAUAAUCAACCCGUCCCGGUUGAGGGAGUCAUCACUCUUCCAAUCUAUGUGGGCUCGGAACAACGCUUCAGGAUGGCUUCUGUUAGCUUUCUGGUCAUCAAGAUGGAAUCAGCUUUCAACGCCAUACUAGGAAGAGCCACCCUCUACGGGCUAAAAGCUGUCAUCUCACAACCUCAUCUUUGUAUGAAAUUCCCAACUCCUCAGGGGGUAGGAGUGCUCAGGGGAAACCAAAAGAUGGCCAGAGCCUAUUAUCAAGACACAUUCAAGAAGGUUGAGCUCGCUGCAGCCCCGAAAAGCUCUUCUGAAAGUUGCAGGCCAACCCAGCUCGGUCAGCAGACAAUGAGCAUAUCAGAUAUUGAGCACCGACCUAAGGGUGUUGAGCAGAAGGCAGAGCCAGUAGAACUAGUAGAAACGGUCCCUUUGAACCCUGACAUUCCAGAAAGAACAAUUAAGGUGGGCACCAAGCUCAUAACAGAAGAACGAGCAGAGCUUCUGGUGUUCAACCCUGUGCUCGUCAAAAAACCAAACGGCAAGUGGAGGAUGUGUAUUGAUUUCACCAACUUAAAUGAGGCGUAUGCAAAAGACCCUCAUCCCUUGCCAAAUGUUGAGAAAUUAGUAGAACGAGCAGCAGGACAUGCGGGAAUGAGUUUCCUCGACGCCAACCUGGGUUAUCACCAGGUUCAGCUGCUGUUGGACAACCAGGAGAAAACAGCUUUUUAUGCUGGUGACGCAAUCUACUACUAUGUCAUGAUACCAUUUGGCCUGAAAAAUGCUGGCGCGACAUAUCAGAAGCUAGUGCAGAUCGUUUUUAAGCUCCAGAUUGGCAGGAACAUUGAAGUAUAUGUGAACGACAUGAUUGUCACGAGUAAGCGAGCUGAGGAUCACAUAACCGACCUGAACGAAACAUUUCAAAAUUUGCGUCGAGCCCAAAUGAAGCUGAACCCCCUAAAAUGCACAUUUGCUGUGGAAUCAAGAAAAUUCCUAGGGUACGUGGUAUCCAAGAAAGGGAUUGAGGUAAAUCCAGAGAAGGUUCAAGCUGUUCAGCAGAUGGAGCCACCCAAGACUGUAAAAGACGUGCAGCGUCUAACAGGUCGUGUUGCUGUGCUGCAUAGGUUCAUAGCCAGGUUGGCAGAAAGGUGCCUCCCGUUCUUUAAAGUGUUGCGAGAGCCCAAGAACUUUCAAUCGACCGAUGAGUGUCAGCAGGCGUUUGACGAGCUCAAACAAUAUCUGGCCUCAGUACCCUUGCUGUCCAAGCCUGUGGAGGGGGAGAGUUUAUACCUGUAUUUGGGGGUUGUAGAGGAAGCCAAGCCUAUCUGCUAUGUGAGUAAGGUUUUACAAGGUGCAGAGCAGAACUACCUACUGGCAGAAAAGGCUACUUUUGCCCUGGUUUACACGGCUCGUAAAUUGAGAGCUUACUUCCAAUCACAUCAAAUUAUUGUCUAUACCAAUCUACCGUUGAAGAAGAUACUGCAGAAGCUGGAACUCUCUGGUCGGCUUAUCGGGUGGAGCGUCGAGCUAAGUGAGUAUGACCUCAAAUUUCAGCCGCGCACAACCAUAAAAGGCCAGGCCGUGGCGGACUUUCUAGUGGAGUGCCUUUCGGCAACGGUGGAAGAAAGGGCACCCGUAUACCCGAUUUGGGUCUUGUACGUAGAUGGAGCUGCCAAUAUUGAAGGAUCGGGGGCUGGGGCUAUGUUAGUGGGCCCAAAUGGCUUUAAAUCGAAGCAUGCAUUAAGAUUUAAGUUUCAGACAACUAAUAAUGCUGCAGAAUAUGAAGCCCUCAUUUAUGGCUUGACACUGGCCUUCGAGCUGAAAGUGCAGAACAUUAAGGUUUUCAGUGAUUCUCAGCUCGUUGUGGGCCAAGUAAAUGGCAGCUGUGAAAUUAGGGAUCCUCAGCUUGGUCGUUAUGCCUCUGUGGUCUACAAAUUGAAAUCAGGGUUUGCCUCUUUCCAGAUCGACAAGAUACCCAGAGUAGAUAACCAACGAACUGACGAGCUAUCAAAAUUAGCCUCCUCACAAGAUAUCAACUCUCAAAGAUCAACAUUUGUGGAGGUACUUGACGCCCCGAGCUACACCGAUUUCACAAUCGAGUGUCAACUACUAAGCACAGACCCCUCUUCACCGAGCUGGACUACCCUGCUCAUUGAGUAUCUACAAAGUAGCGAGUUGUCUGAAGAUCCGUCCACAACAAAGUUGAUUAAAUGCAGGGCAGCACAUUUCACUCUGUUAGAUAAUCAGCUCUACAAGCGAGCAGCCUCAAUGCCCCUACUACGUUGUCUUACUCCUUAUGAAGCUGAAUACGCUGUAAGGGAAGUUCAUGAAGGAGUAUGUGGCACACACAUAGGUGGUAGAACUUUAGCUCGGAAACUCUUGAGGCAUGGUUAUUACUGGCCUACUAUGGUCAAGAACGCAUAGAGCUAUGUCAAAAAGUGCUCGACCUGCCAGUUCAAUGCUGAUGAUAUUCACAUGCCAGGUAUCUGAGCUCGUUUUAAAGUUCGUGCAAACUUCAUGUUUGUCUAUAAACUGAGCAUAAGUAU